AUGGCCGAGUCGCAGGAUCUCAUCGACUUCAACGUCAUCGAGGGACAGAAGGAGAACAUCCAGGCUUUGCCCAGCGGUCGGUCGGCCAAGGCACUCGCACAGAUUUACUCACCACCUCUGCUCGGAGCCAACCCGUCCCCGUCGAACCUCAGCGAAGCCCAGCUGAAGGCGCGAACCGAUUUUGAAAAAGAAUUGGCGAAUAUUGACGAAGCUGACGACCCUCUCGACGUUUACGAUCGCUACGUGAAAUGGACUCUGGACGCAUUCCCGUCCGCACAAGCGACACCGCAGUCACAACUACUACCCCUCCUCGAACGCGCGACCAAGGCAUUCCAAUCAUCCAAACACUACAAAAACGACCCGCGAUAUCUCAAGCUGUGGCUGCAUUUCAUUCGCCUCUUCUCAGAUGCGCCGCGUGAGGCGUUCGUGUUCCUGGCGCGACACGACAUCGGCGAAACUCUCGCGUUGUACUACGAGGAGUUCGCAGCUUGGUUGGAAAAUGCUGGCAGAUGGAAUCAGGCAGAGGAGAUAUACAAGAUGGGAAUAGAGAAGGAGGCACGGCCUACAGAGCGAUUGAUGCGCAAGUUUGGAGAGUUCGAGCAGAGGAAAGAUGCACGACCAGCAGAUUCCACUGAACCAUCGAGUCCUGCUCUGCCAGCCGUGCGGCCUGCGUUGGCCGCCAAGCUGGAUCCAUUUGCUUCGGCUUCGCCAUCUCCAUCACAACCCCAAAGCCAGGGCAGUUACUCGAAGAAACCUAAAGUCUCAAAGAUGGCCAUCUUUUCAGAUGACGAGGCUCCUGCUAGGCCUGCAUCUGGCAGCGGGUCCCAGGGCUGGGACAACAUUGGAUCGCUGGCGAACCGCAAGAAGGAAAACACGAUGGAACCGAGGCCCAUGGCUGGCGAGAAGCUGAAGGCUGGCAAGACCAACGGUGGCAUGCAGAAGAUGAUGAUUUUCAAGGACCAGUCUUCCUCUCGACGUCAAAUUCCAAAACAUCUUUCUCGUCAGAAAUCCAGUAGUAAACACGCGGACCAAGGUACAUUCAAUGAGAAGACUGGUAGGAUGGAGUGGGUGUUUGUCAAUCUCGAAGCUGUCUACCCUGAAGCUGGGAAUCUGUCAGUCGAAUACUCCUUCGAAGAGCUCAGAGCCAGGCAUCGAGGCUUGCUCAAUCGUGACUUCAAGAAGGAGAAGGCUGCAAAGCGUGCACAGAGUUCGAGGAACGACGCUUUCGAGCUUGAUCUGGGUAGAGGGUCUCAAACUGACGAACAGCCGCGUCGGCCGCAAGAACAAGACCAAUCGAAACCACAAAAGAAGACCAAGGAACGAGGCUUCAAGAUCUUCGAGGACAUUCCAGAGGACGAAGCCAAGCAUGUGACUUCGCAGAAUCAAGAUCAAGUCCUGGUAGAGACAUUCUCGAAGAGCUUGGCCUUGAAUGACGAGAAUGAUGAGAACACGCCACCCUCGAAGCAAGAAGUUGACUUGGCCAAGAAAGCGAGACGAGAAGAACGAGCCAACCGCACGCGCAAGAUCAAAGUCAUGGACGUCAAGCAUAUCAAAAACGAGACACAAACAAUCAAGCUGAACAUGGAUUCGCCUCAGAAGAAAGUGAAGCGCAAGAAGUCGAUAGGACCCACCGAGCCUACCAUGACUAUCAACACCAAAGAGGCGAUGGACGAAAUUUACGGCAUCUUCAGUCAACCACUACCUUCACAAGCCGAGCAGCAAGAUGAGGAAGAAGACGAAGAAAGUGAGAGCGACGAUGACGACGACUAUACAACCGGAGACGAGAGCACAGCAACUGGCAAGCUGUCGGCAGCGGCCAGCGAGUAUGGCGACGAGACUCGGAACGAGCUUCUGGGGAGUCGAAAGUCAGUCGAUGAGGACCGCACCGAUGUUAGCGGGUGGUCGGACUUCACUUCCAGUAAACACAUUCCAAAAGACGACAACACAGAGAGCGUCACAGAAUCUGCCCAGACAACCACGCAAGAUGUAUACGAAGACCGCACGGAACCAGAACAUCUGAUCACACUGAUUGACGAAGACGAACCUCGCACGCAAUAUGUCCCUAUGCCACCGGAAGAAUACGAUGCUCCUGUUGCACAAUUCCGUGACAUGUCAGUCAUACCGAACCACCGCCUGCCCUUCAUGACUCCAAUUGUAGAGCAAACGGAAUCAUCGCUGGGCUUGGCUACGGCGCGAACAGACAAGGACUACUUCGUAGGGACGAAGACCCCAAGCAGAAAGACCGGUACGGAAGAGCCGAUAGGUGACGAUGAUGAAGAGCCUUGUUCAAGUCCCUUUCAUGAUGAGCUCGCUGACAUGGCGGAAGACAAACGUAGAGUUCUGCAGCCGAUUCGUACGAAGAGCACCAAGGGUGCCAUCACCCUUGGCCAAGGUACGGCGAAGGCGCAGACCGCGAAGAAAGAUGAGCCAACGGUUGUGGAGACCGUACAAAAAGGACCGAUCAUCACAGACACACAGUGCAACCCCAUGGAUCCCUUCGUACGGCAGACUAUUCUCGCCAAGAUGAAACCACCAAUCGCCUCCUUCGAUGGUUAUCAUGAGGACUUGGAGACAAGCUCUGGUCGCACUUCAGAGAUCAAGAAGUACGUGCGUGCGCUGUCAAAGAACAGCAGAAGCAGCACAAACGUCGAUAAGACUGCACACGCCCUACCGCCACCUCCCAUAUUGGACCUGCCGGGAGCUCAAGGCACGUACAUCGUUAAACGAGAACUUGGAGCCGGUACCUUCGCUCCGGUCUACCUCGUCGAGAACAGCGCCGCAGCGGCCAUGGAGGACGACGACGCCUCAGACGAGAAUGUCAUUCGAUCCAGGGUCGGAAAGGCCUCUUAUCGCAAACCUCUAGAGGCUGUGAAGAUGGAGGAGCCUACCAGCACUUGGGAGUUUUACAUGCUGAGACAAUCCCAUCGUCGGCUAGGAGUCAGCCGAGCAGCCGAAUCAAUCGUUCGGGCGCAUGAGAUGCACCUCUUCCGUGACGAAUGCUUCCUUGUGGAAGAGUUCCGCGACCAAGGCACGUUGCUGGAUCUCGUCAACAUCGCACGACUCGAAAGCGGCAGUGGAGGUGGCAUGGAUGAAACGCUGGCCAUGUGGUUCACCAUCGAGAUGCUUCGGGUGGUAGAAGCGAUGCACUCAAGACAGCUGAUCCACGGAGACCUCAAAGGCGACAACGUCCUCGUCCGCUUCGACGACCCCGGCAUGGAGACUGACUGGUCACCCACAUACUUCCCCAGCGGUGCGCACGGCUGGUCCAGCAAAGGCGUCUGCCUGAUCGACUUCGGCCGCGGCAUCGACAUGAAGCACUUCGUCCCCAACGUAGCCUUCAUUGCCGACUGGAAGACCUCCGAAGCCGACUGCGCCGAGAUGUGCGAACUCCGUCCCUGGACCUAUCAGAUCGACUACCACGGCCUCGCGGGCAUCAUCCACAGCCUGCUCUUCGGCAAGUACAUGGAGACCGUCGGCGAGAAAGGCACCGCCACAUUAGGCCAAGGCGCGAGCAAAACCUACCGUAUCCGCGAGAACUUCAAGCGAUACUGGCAGACGGAGAUCUGGAGUGAGGUGUUCCAUCUCUUGUUGAAUCCUUUGGCGCAUGUGGAGGCCGAGGAGGGCAGGAAGAUGCCGGUUGUAAAAGGGAUGAGGGGCGUGAGGGAGAGGAUGGAGGGGUGGUUGGAGGAGAAUUGUGAGAGGGGCGUGGGGUUGAAGGGGAUGAUUUCGAAGAUGGAGGCGGCUGUGAGGGAUAGGAGGAGGAAGGGGGCGAAGGGGCUGUCGCAGUCGCAGUGA